GGUGAUUUAAGCGACGAUUGCUCAGAGCACGAGUGUGCAGAGAUGCAGACUCUUUUCGCAAGAAGCUUCUCAGCAGAAACUGCCGAAUCCUCGUAAACGGAACAGAAAUCCCUCUCCUGCUUUUCAAGAGACAUGGAGAAACGAUGAGACGCCGGAAUCCUGGGGGCGCCUGGCGCCCUCCCUUCUCGCGAUGUCUCUUUCCUUCUCUCUCCACUGCGUCGGCUUUCACAGUUCGGCUGCGGAAAAAGCGAGACCGCACGGCGGAAAGGGAACCUCCCCCCAGGAAAUUGCUUCACUCGCCUUUCGCUGCUGGAUGCGCGAGUGUAUGCUGCGAUGUACAAACACCUCUCCACGCGACGGCGCUCUCGCUCGCGAGUUGUCGACGCGAGACGGAACCUGCAGAUUCAAGAGAAUCAGACAGACGCACAAAGAACGGAACGCACAGGGAAAGAAACUUCCCGGAAAGAGAUACACAAAGAGGAACUGCUUUCUUUGAAUCCGAGAGGCGUUGUCGCUUCGAGAGAAUUCGCCGCCGAGGCACCAAGGCUGCUUGUUGGGCGUCUCUGUUGCUCAUGGGUCUUGUCUUGCGUGUGAGUUUUGAUUCUCCGAUUUUCCCUCGACCUUCUGCGCUUGAGGCUUCGCGUUUUGUCUUCGGCGCAGCUCACCGAACUUCUCGCACCUGCCAUGUCAGGCCUUCUCGCUGUCUCUCUCGUGUCUUCUUCCGCGCCUCUCCAGUCUCUUCUCUCAACCCCCAUCGGCUGUUUUCUUCGUCCUCUUCUUCCCGACCUCGUCGCCUUCCUCCUCUCCUUCCUCAACAGGACUCGAUCUUCUCCUGGGCCUCCGCCUGUCUCUCCGCCUCUUCUCUUUGCCCGGCCUGCCUCUCCCCUUCCACGAAGCCUUUCUCUCUGAGGCGUCUCGCCUUCCUCCUCCUCCCCGCCUUCCCCCGGACGCCCUCGCCGCCCCACACUGUCUCCACUGUCUCCUCGCGUCUCUUCUCUCCGGCCUGCUGCCGGGCCUCCUUGCCCGCCUCGUGGCUGCCGCGGCGCACGUCCGGCCUCGCCGCUGCGGCUCCGGCGCCGCAGGCCUCGCCGGCGGACUUUCUGCCUGAGUAUUUCCACAAUUAUCCCGUCUCGGACGAUGCAGAGACGGAGACCGAGUUUCGCCCCGGCGUCACAGCUGAGAUGGAGAAGGCUCUGCUCGGCUACGAGUUCGGCGUCCGCUUCAGUCGACCCUCGGACGACCGUUACGUACCGGGAUUCACCCAGAGCCGCAUGGCUGCCGCCGUUCGACCCCACAAGUCGCUCGCCGCCGCCACCGUCACCGACGCCCUCGGGCCUCGCCCCGGCCCCGCCCCGCGCCCAACGGGCCCGUUCGACCCGCCGGAACCCCAGGGUCACGGAGACACCUCAGAGACACCCCACACGCCAGACCCCGCGCAGCAGACGGAGACACAGACACCGUUGAGAACUUCACGCACAGACGAGGAACCUUCUUCUUCUGCGGCUUCCUUGAGGUUUUACACCCGCUUUCCGUAUGAUGCGGAGGCCGCAGGAGCGCCGGCGGGAGAUGCUCGCGAGUUCGCGGCAGCUGAGAGGCGACGAGAAGAGGAGAAGAAAAAAGCAGAGAGAGAAGAAGACAAGGGAUUCCAGGUCGGACUGCAAAUCAAGCUUCUCCGGGAGGGUGUCCUCUCCAUUAUGGGCAGCGGAGACGGACAUCUCGCCAGCAAGACUCGAGGAGAAGACGCCGCAAUCCUCUUGAAAAAGAAAGUCCCUGUUCACAGACUGAAACUCUUUCAGUGGGACAACCUUGAAGUCGCGUCUGCGGGCGGGCAUCUGCCGACGUUCCACCUGUCGCUCGUGCGCGCCGUGGAGCUCGUGCGAGCUUGCUACCUUCACUUCGGACCUUCGAAGGCCCCGCGGGGCUUUGCAGUGCCGCCGCCUUCGCGUCGGGACCCUCUGGAGGAGGACGAAGCGACAGAGGCUGCAGCGCGCGCUCUUCUGAACGAAGAAGGAAACGCGGACCAGGUUCUCGAGAAAUUCCGCGACAGACGCGAGACGCGCGCCUGGCCGCCACACCUGGUCGGACUCACCCUUGGAGAGCAGGAAGACCUUUUGAGGCGACACAAAGACACUCUCGUCGAAGAUCUUCCCGCAGCUGCCGACGAACUCCAGAAAGUUGGAUUCUCCUGGGAACCCACGGAGCGUGCAGAAGACGAAGAGAAGGAAUUCAGCAUUUUCCUCGAAGCCUUUGCUGCCUACUUGGCGGACAAACGCUCUGGACCAAAGGAGAUUUCUGUGAAUCCCUCCGGCGAAGUCAGCCUGGACCCGCUGCACCCAUCGCCUGCCGUCGCGCCGCCUCGCGAGCCCCCGCGGGUGUCGCCGGCGUUGCCGAGCCGUCUGCCGGCUACCCACUUGCCGCCUCGGUUCUUCAAAAUUCCUUCGAACGCGUCUUAUCCAGAGUAUCUCUGGGGAUAUCCGCUGGGAGCAGUUGUUGCGGAGCUGCGCAGAGGAAGAAAGUUCCUCGCUCUCCCGCAUGCAGUCCAGAUGCUGCUUGCUGUCGAGUUCCCCGUCCACACCAUCGACGGAGUUGAAAAGGUUCUGUCGAGCCCCGAAAAAACGCAUACAAACAGUGCCGACACGGUUGGAGAGGAAACCGCGACAGAGAGCGAGGACCGAUUUCCCCCAGCAACUCUUGAAGACGAAGGCUUCGUCGAGCCGGCGCCCUUCGAGGAACUUCGCGCCCAAGCAGAAGCCGGCGAGGACGGUUCUGGAGGCGAACGCGCCGGUUCGGAGAAGACCGGAACGGAGACCGAGGAGACACAAGACAGAGAAACAAGAGGAAUGGGAGGAGAGAGAGAAAUGAGCGGAGAGAGAGGAGAUGUAGAAAAGGACGCAAAGAAGGCAUUUGUAGAGGAACUGGAUAUUCACGAACUUCGCAAUCUCCUGGCCGAUGUGGUAGAUUUUGAGGAGGCGGCAGAGGCAUCUGUUUCGGCGUCGAGCGGCGCAACUCGUGCUGCAGAUCCUGCAAAGCCGAGGCUGGCGUUUCCAGUGUCUCCGUACUACCAUUUGAUUGCCCCUGCGGAGUUUCCCUUGCCGCCGCCCGCGCGAGUGCCCGCCCCGCGGCGCGGUCUCCGUUGGGAGCUGCAGGCUCUCCAGGACCGGCUUAUAAACGAAGAAAGGGAGCGGGGAGAACAGGUGACUUUCGAGGACCGAGAGGCGGGAGGCAGCGCGAGGACAACUGGGGGACCAGUGCCGACAGAGGAGGCGACGCAGACAAAAAAGAGAGGAAAGGGACGGAAGGCGAAGAAGACUCGGUCGAGGUCGGAGAAAGAGGAGAAAGAAGGAAUAAAGGCAGUUUCCUCUGAAGAGAAGAAAGCGCUGCCGUUCUUAGCAGACCGAGCUCUGAGGUAUCCUCACACGCUCUUCUCUCGCAGGAGAACGGAGGGCGGCUUCCACUACGCUUUCGACAAAUGGAGUUUCGACGACGUCGUCGAAGCCAUGCAGUACUUCAACGACAUGUACCGAGGAGUCCAUCGCGAAAUCGGAGGCGAAGAGCAGCUGACGUUCAACGUGCUACCCAGAGGGUGGUGCAUUCCAUCACCCGAUCAUCGAACAUUUCCAAAACUCUUUUCUCCCUUCUCGAGUCUGCCUGCCUCUCCUUCUUCCUCUCCUUCUUCUUCUUCCUUUCCUUCUUCUUCUUCCUCUCCUUCUUCUUCUUCCUCUCCUACUCCUUCUUCCUCUCCUUCUCCUCCUUCUUCUUCCUCUUCUUCUCCUCCUUCUCCUUCUUCCUCUUCUUCCGCUUCGGUGCCGGAGUUUGCGGAGUCUCUGUGGCCGAGAGAGUGGUGGGGAAUGCCUCUAGGGAAGUACCUCCACGCGUUUCGUAUCGGCGACAUCGACGCGAAGUUUCAUCCUCGGCGUCGACCGGUCCUCGAUCGCUUAGGCCUUACCUGGGGUGACCCUCUCCAGUAUCUGCACUUCACCUGGAUGAAGCUUAUCAAGGCUAUGCGGUGGUGGAUGCUUUUUCGCGGCCAGCCUCUCGAGCAAUUGUUUCCGUGGACUGUCAUUCCUGAUUUUACUUUCGUUGCCAACGUGUGCAAGCCCGAGGAGGUUCAGGGCGUAAAGAUCGGAUAUCUUGUGCACAUGGCGCGACGUCAGGAGAACAUUCUUUAUCACUUUUACCCUAAUCGGUUCGAGAUCUACAAAAGACUGAAUCUAAACAUCUUGCCGGCAGACAGACUGCUCCUCGAUUUUCCUUUCAAAGUCGAAAAAGAGUCUUUGCCGCUGCAAGGCGAGCUCGGAUACCUCAUCCCUCAUGUUCCAGAAGAACAGAGAGAAGAUGUGUAGCAGUUCUCACUUUCGUGAACAGAGAAAAGCGGGCGGAUGCCGGAAAACGGUAAAAAGGAAAAUGAGGCAGAGUCAACUUCCGAAAUCCCCCAAAAUGCUUGUCUCGGAUUCCUCGUUCUCUCUUUACUCCACUUGGAGAAGAAAAGUCACAGAAAAUCUAGUGACGCUUGAGAGUUAAGGAUAAGGAAGGAAGCGGCUUCUGGCGUCCGCUUGCUCUGAGCGAGACGUGUGUGUGUGUGUGUGUCGCAGAGUCUACGAAGGACCGACCAGAGGGGUGUGACUGUUUUUUCCGAAUAUAAGGCGUUACACCUGCACAUCCGUUCGCGUGCACUUGCGCGAACAGAGACGCAGCUGUUUGCGUUUAAAGCGAGACUUUCGAACGACUUGUUUCUUUUCAUGUGAAGUCGAAAGCAGGUAGCUGGCGGUGAGGAAAAGGCUUUCCGUUACGCCGGCUCGGUCCACUUGAGUUCGCCUUGAACUGAGAAGUGAAGCACCACGAGCGCACAGCGAUUAAUUUUGGUUUUAAGUUUGGUUGAGGGAUGCCCAUCGGUGCACUCGAGUUGACACUGGGUGAAAGGAAGUGGUGGUACCGCGGUAUCUGCGAAAACGCGUGGAGACCCAUUUUGUCGGGGAGGGCGUUUCUGCGCUCCAGAGAAAGACGACAUCUCUUUCUCGUUGGCUGCAGCACAGAGAGAAUUCGUUUCCUCCCAAUCCUUCGACGAAUCUGCAACCUGUGACUAUCGAGGAAACCGAGCAACAAAGGUUCUCGGGACUAGGGAGCAUCUUAAAGCCUCUUUCCUCACACAAGUGCCACCAGACUCUACGCGUAGAUCAGUAGAAGACUGGAUAAAGAGAAGAACCCACCAGUUAUUCCUGAAACGCGGCCCUCGGGCAGACUUCUCGGCUCUGAGAGUCAACAGAACUUGAUGGCAUCGGAACGUCGUGACAGGUCGCCGCCAAGAGUCGAGGGGAGAGCGAGAGAGGGUGGAAACCGAUUGCGUUUCUCUUUUUACAAAAUCGCGCUUCCACUCUCUCUGUCAUGGGCGAGUACGCCUUUUCUCUCUCGCUGCACACACUUCGAAACAUUUGAAGCUUCGUCUGAAGAGUAUUCGUGUUCAACAGAGACAGGUGACUGUUUGAGAGAGUCUCCGAAGACUCUGAACUCUCACGCAACAGCAACGAACAAGGAUUGCAGAAACUGAGAGCACGGGGAGAGCACCAACGAAGAGACGGGGACGUUUGAAACUCUACACAGGAAGUUGGAAACGGAGGCGCUGUGAAAAAGGGAGACGCG